AUGGCGCCAGCACAAGGUGGUUUCUCGUGGUCUAAUAUUGCCGUUGGCGCAGUAAUGAAUAUGUUUGAGGUAACCACUCUUGGUCAACCUUUUGAGGUAAUUAAAACUCAGAUGGCUUCAAACCGUACUCAGACUAUGCUCGAAGCUCUCAAGACGGUAUGGAGUCGCGGAGGCCCCCUUGGCUUCUAUCAGGGUCUGAUUCCCUGGGCUUGGAUUGAGGCGUCGACAAAGGGUGCUGUGCUUUUAUUCACCUCCUCUGAGGUGCAGACCGUUGCUAAGAGCUUUGGCGUGGGCCCUGGAGCAGCUGGUCUCUUAGGUGGCAUGACUGGUGGUAUUGUGCAAGCAUAUGCUACAAUGGGUUUCUGCACAUGUAUGAAGACUGCUGAAAUCACGAGGGCCAGACAGGCAGCAACUGGUAUCAAGCCACCAUCUACUUGGCAGGUGUUUGCUGAUAUCUACCGGAAGGAGGGUAUUCGUGGUAUCAACAAGGGUGUGAAUGCUGUUGCUGUGCGGCAGAUGACCAACUGGGGAAGCCGCAUGGGCUUUGCUCGUCUCGCUGAAACGCCUGUUCGUCAAAUGAGCGGCAAGAAAGAGGGCGAGAAGCUGAACUCUAUUGAACGUGUUGCAUGCUCUUCCAUUGGCGGUGCGCUGGCUACGUGGAAUCAGCCAAUCGAAGUAAUUCGUGUUGAGAUGCAAUCGCUGUCAAAGGUUGCCGCCGAACAUCGUCCUGCCAAGCCCAGCAUUAUGAGCACGUUCAUGUACAUCUACAAGGAAAGCGGCAUCAAGGGCCUAUACCGAGGUGUUACACCUCGUAUUUGUCUUGGUAUCUGGCAGACGGUGUGUAUGGUCUCGUUUGCCGACACGGUCCGUGAUUGGAUGAACACCGCUAGUAAGUAG